AUGGCUCAUGAAGAUCCUAACACCUCAACUAACCAAGAACUGGAGAAGAUGUGUAGCAUAGAUUCAUGUAAGCUUUAUCCGAUGUUGUAUAUUUGAUGUUUAGGCAGUUUGGCAAGGAAUCUGGACUCAAUUCCUUUUGAAUUCACUCGACAAGGAAACCUAACAUAUCAAGGGCUUCGAGUACGGAUUCCAGAUACUGAAUUCACUUACGGAACCGCUGGUUUUAGGUAUAGGGACGAGGUUAUGAGUUUCAUCGUUUACCGGGUGUCUAUUUGGACUUGUCUGAGAAUACGGUAAGUGAAACGGACUUCUUUUGACCGAUAUUAUGCGUAAUAUACAUAAGAUCGGAAACAAUUAUUAAGUAGGACUUAUUUACGUAAUCUCUAUCUAAUGGCGGCUUUGCGGGUUAUUUAUAUAUUUAAUUGUAUGUUGUUAUUAAAGAUUUUUGUUUAAUGUAAAUUUUAAAAGUUUUAUCUUACAUUUUAGCAUCUCAUUUUAUUAUUUUAGAAAGUGCGUGUACAGGAAUCUUGGGUUGAUGAUAACAGCUAGUCACAACCCGGUUGGUGACAAUGGAGUCAAGAUUGUGGAAGGAAAGGGUGAAAUGUUACCGGUAGAGCUUCAGAAAGAGAUCCAAGUUUUUGUGAACUUGAGCGAUGAAGAGUUUGCCGAAACGGUCAAAAAGAUGUGGCAGUCUGUUCCUAAGAACGAUGUCUACACAGGGUUGCACGUUGGAUGGGACACACGACCUUCUUCACCGUACCUUGCCUUAGCAGCGUUGAGAGCCGCUCAACAGUGCAAUGUCAAGACGAUUGCGCAUGGUAAUGUUUGUCUAAUAUUGUUUUAGGUUUAAAUCAAAGCCUUUUUUAUUGAAAUUACAGAUACUGGACUUUUUAUGUUUAAAAUAUGAGUAUUUUGUCUACUUAUUAGUAUAUUAAAAAGCUUUACAACAUUUAUGUUUAAAGUUAUAUUAUUAAACAUCUGCUAUAUUACAGGUCUUAUUACUACCCCCCAAUUGCAUUAUGUUGUGAUGGGCAGCAACUUGAAGGAAUAUCCUUUAGGCAGUUUUACUCAAAAGUUCACUGACGCCGUUCGAGGAUUUUUACAGGUAAUUGUUAACUAUCUUAACGUUAAUUUGUUCAGUUGUGUCCUGAAUUCAAUAUUGCACCCUACCAACGAGACAUGGUGGCUUUGGAUUGCGCUAAUGGCGUUGGUGGCAUCUGGAUCGGUCAAUACUUUAGUGAACUUCCACCAAACUUUUCCAAAACGGCUUGUAACAACACCGAGAUCUUUUCGGAAAAGCUGAACAAAGAUAUAAGUUAAAUUUAUCCUGGCGGGAUGUUAAUAUUGAUUUUUAUUUGAUCUAUUUUCGUUUUUUUCGGCUUUUAAACCGAUAUAAAUGGCAUUUUGUGGUUUUAAUACUUCAUGGGAUUUGUUCUGACUACCUAAAACAACAAUUCUUGGUUUCAUUCUACUAAUUUUGGCUGUUUUUGUUGUUUUCUCCAUCUUUUGUCUUCUAAGUACAAGGCCAAUUGUUUUAGUGCGGUGCGGAUUUCGUCAAGAUUAAAAAUGCACUUCCUACUGGCUUCGAAGGCUCUCCACCUUACUGUAGAUGCGCGAGUUUCGACGGCGAUGCCGACAGGUUACUGUAUUUUUUCCGGGACAGCGAAUAUAAGUUGCACGUCCUGGAUGGAGAUCACAUCUCGGCUCUGUUCGCCAAGUUCUUGAUGGAUCACAUCAGAGCGAUACCAGCCAUUCUACAGAACAACUUCACGAUAGGCGUUGUUCAAACUGCAUAUGCUAAUGGGAAUAGCACCAGAUACUUUACUGACGUUUUGGUAGGUCAUAUUGUUAUUAUAAUUAUGUAAACUGUUAUAACAGGUUGUACUUUAUAACUUGUUAUCUCACCAUUGUCUUCUUGUUUACAUUAAAAUGUUUUAGAAAAUGGAUGUAGUCAAAGCCAAAACGGGAGUUCAGAAUCUGCAUUCAGCAGCUACAAAGUUUGACGUGGGAAUAUACUUCGAAGCCAAUGGCCACGGUACAGUAUACUUUUCCCAACGGUUCAAGAGCUACUUGUGUGAGCUGAGGGAUGUGUCUCCGCACGAUGAUUGCAUUGGUCGUCUCUAUUACUUCACGGAAAUCAUCAACGACGUUGUUGGAGAUGCCAUCGCUGACUUCUUGGCCGUAGAGGUCAUUCUCAAAUUGUACAACUGGAACGUACUGGAAUGGGAAACUCACACUUACGUUAAUGCUCCAAGUGUUCAGCUUAAAGUACCUGUAAGUCUGUUAAUCGUAUAAUUGGUUGUUAUGUUUACAUAGAGGGCGAAGAGAAGUAUGGCUAGAUUUAUCUAAAACACUAUUUUUAAUUGUCAUUUGUAAGACUUAUGAUACUUUAAAAGGCUAUUCAAAUUACAUUUUCAAUUUUAGGUAUCUGACCGUUCACUGUACCAAUGUCAAGAAAAUGACGAAACCAUUCUAGUCGCACCAGAAGGCCUUCAGCCCAAACUGAGUGACAUUAUCGAUCUAUAUGCCAACUCUCGAGGCUUCGUCCGGCCUUCUGGAACCGAGAACAUUCUCCGCGUGUACGCCGAGGCGGAGACCGACGAAUUGGCGGCGGAGUUGGCACAACGACUCGAACAGGCCGCUAUUGCCCAGUAG